CCUCCCCUCCACCGCACCUCCGGGCUUCCUUGUCUCGAGCAGCAGAAAGAGGCAAAAGCCUCAUCUCUCCUCUCCUCUCCUCCGCCCCACCCCGGGCAGGAGCUUGCUCCUUGGGGCCCCAGGAGCUUCCCUGCCCGCUCCGCUGCCUGCAGGACCGCGGGCAGCCGGCUCGGAGCCUGCAGCCGCGCCUGGCUGGGGAGCGCGGCGCUGCGCCCUGCCCGCGCCCGGGAGCGGAGGAGCGCGCGGGGCGGGGGCGGGGGCGCUGCGCAUCCCGCACGUGUGUCUGCUCCGCCCGCGCCCGCUCCGCCGACAUGCCCCCGGGCGGGUGGCGAGCGGCGGAGUCGCGGGGCGCCGGGCUGGAGGAUGCCCCUGCCCGGGGGGCGAGGUGCCACCCCCAGGAGCAGUGGGAGAAAAUCUGUGCUGUCCCACAUCGCGGUGAGCCAGCAGCAUGCUGCUAAGGGUCAACCCCAGUCAGUCCAUGGAGCAUCAACCUCUCUUUGUGGAGAACACGGAGCACGAGUAUCCUGCCCCGAACUCGCUUCCAGAUCCAUUCAUGACUGAGGGACCCUCUGCCUCAGCUGAGCCAGACCCGCUGUCCUUCAACCUCACCAACUCCACGGACUGCGGAGAGGAAAUCCUGCUCUAUGGGGACACGGAGAAGAUUGUCAUCGGGACGGUGCUCUCCAUCAUCACCUUGCUGACAAUUGCUGGCAACAGCUUGGUCAUCAUCUCUGUCUGCAUUGUCAAGAAGCUCCGCCAACCCUCCAACUACCUGGUGGUGUCCUUGGCAGCUGCCGACCUGUCCGUUGCCUUCGCAGUCAUGCCCUUCGUGAUCAUCACGGACCUGGUGGGAGGGGAGUGGCUGUUCGGGAAGGUGUUUUGCAAUGUGUUCAUUGCCAUGGACGUGAUGUGCUGCACAGCUUCCAUCAUGACCUUGUGCGUCAUCAGUGUGGACAGGUACCUAGGGAUCACGCGGCCCCUGACGUACCCCGUGAGGCAAAACGGGAAGCUGAUGGCCAAGAUGGUGUUCAUCGUGUGGCUCCUCUCUGCCUCCAUAACGCUUCCUCCGCUCUUCGGCUGGGCCAAGAAUGUCACCGUGGAAAGGGUCUGCCUUAUCAGCCAGGACUUUGGAUACACUGUCUACUCCACCGGCGUUGCCUUCUACAUCCCCAUGACCGUCAUGCUCGUCAUGUACAACCGGAUCUACAAAGCCGCCAAGGUCAGCGCAGAGAAGCACCGGUUCAUGAACUUCCCCAAACAGUACGACCAGGACGGGGUGUAUUGCAUGGAGGCCGGCGUCCGGGGCCAUCACAGCUCCAAGCGCAGCAAGGCGGUGGAAGAGUGUGCCACGCUGUCCAAGCUGCUGAGGCAGGAUCGAAAGAACAUUUCCAUCUUCAAAAGGGAGCAGAAAGCAGCCAGGACCCUUGGCAUUAUCGUGGGGGCCUUCACGUUCUGCUGGUUCCCCUUCUUCCUCAUGUCUACGGCCCGGCCUUUCAUAUGUGGCAUCCAGUGCAGCUGCAUGCCUCUGAGGUUGGAGAGGACCCUGCUCUGGCUGGGUUACACCAACUCCCUCAUCAACCCCCUCAUCUAUGCUUUCUUCAACCGAGAUUUAAGGACUACUUUCUGGAACCUCUUGUGGUGCAGGUACAGGAACAUCAACCGGAGGCUGUCGGCAGCCAGCAUGCACGAGGCACUGAAAGUCGCAGAGAGACACGAGUGUAUUCUGUAAACCCCCGAAGAGGGCCUGUGUCCUCUCGUCUAAUGCUAGUGCUCAGUGCCUAAGUCCAGACCUCCCACGUCUCCAUCCAGCCCUUCAGGAACAGCAGCUGUGUGCAUUGCCGUUCUCCAGCCUGAGCUCACCAUCGCAAAUUGGGUACAAGAGGUGCUCCAGCCCGGAGUACCUGAGCGGUGCCCGUCCAUCACGACCAAUUGCAGCCCCUUCCCUUCUCUUUAGCCCAUAGCUGUGGCUGUGCUUUCUAAACUGUGAGUCGAGCAGCAGCCCAUAGGACCCAGGAUGGAGCCAGGAUGGUUCUUGGACCUUGCCCCGAGUUGCGCCACAGCCUGACGGUGACCUUGGGCAAGUUGCAUCACUUCUCUGUGCCUCGAUUUCCCCCCGUGUAAAAAAUUAGACGCUCGGUUUUUGCAGGGGGCUGUGAGGUCUGUGGAGGGCCGAUGCUGUGUGCAAUGAGAUUAUCUCACAAGCCCCGUAGGACAGCAGCUAUGGGCUGCACUGAAGUGGACGAUGGACCUCACGUUCUCCCCCUGUGCUUAUAAACUAUUGCAACCCAGUUGUUUCCAUUCUACAUCCCGCGGCCCGUUCCAAGUUUGCAUGUCAGGGAGAUGAUACCAAUGACCCUCUUUCCCCGAGUCCUCGCAUUUCAGCACUUGAACCUGGCAUGCUUAGGAAAAGGAACAAAAAACCCUUUGUUUAUAGUAGGGUAGGCGAAGUUUCAACAGCCUACUUAAAUCGGAGAAGCGAACAGCAAGCAAAGACUGAUAUAUUUACUGGGAUGUAUUGUACUUCAUUCACAGCUGAGUGAUGUGUUUGCAUAAUGUGUGGCUAAUUGAUUGACUGAGGCACUCCAUAAAAGCACGCUUUGGUUGAUGAGAGACAUAAAUAUGCGAUUCCACCAGUAGCUUUACGGUGCUGCAGUAUGAUGUACAGCGAGCUGGAAAAAAAAAUAAAGCAAGCGAUAUAUCUUUUUCUUUCUUUUUUUUUAAACAAAGAAAAAGAAAAAUCUAUUUAUUUUUUUUAAUUUUAGUUGAGAUUCUUUGUGUGUUUAGACCUUUGAUGCCUCGUUUUUCCCCGUCAGCAUAGCUCAGAGCCAACCCCCCCUGGAGUCAUUAAAUAAUCUUCCACUGAUUGCAUUUGGCUUUGGGUGCUGGCCCUUUGGUGAAUUUAAACUUUUUUCCAGUUGAGGUUGGAGAAGAGAUUAGUUACGGGCUCUUCUUUCACAGAGAUUUCCUUGAAAGCUUAUAAAAAGGCAAGGGGGGUGUAGGAAAUAAGGCAACAGCUAGUACAUUGAGGGAGGGGGCAUAUCACUUUUCUUCAAAUAUAAGGCGCAGUUGAAUUUAAGAUGCAUCCUAUUUUUUUAUUCUCUAUUGAUGGUGAGGAAAAAAGUCAAAUAAAGGCACAAUUUACAAAGGUGCGGCCUAUGGUGCCUAUCAGACCUUUCUAGCUUUUCUUGGAAACUGCAGUUGAAGAUGCAUGCCGUUUUUAGAAGAAAUAUUUCAUUUUAAAAGUGCCUUGUAUUUGGAGGAACCUGGUGCCUUGGAGUUCUCACAAGCCAAGGUGAGCCUCAUUUAGUUUCCUAACAAUUCAGGGGGCUCUGAUCAGACCCCUCCAGUACUCUUCUCGGGAUCUCUGUCUAGGAAAAGCAUGUCUCUUUUUUGGGAGAAUGGCACUGAAGCGUGGGCUCAGGACCGCUCCGAGCCAUCUCUUUUAAUGGCUGGACAGAGUGAGACCGAGUGGAUGGAGGUAGUUUCUCAGCAAGGGUCCCAGGCUCAGCAGAGAGGCAAUACUUGCUUGGCCCAAAAGUCCCCGUAAAAUCCACAGGGUCAAUUCCUGGGCAGAUGGAAAUCAAGAACUUAGCCAUUGCCUUGAAGAUAAGUCAGGAUUUCACUUAGUAUCAUUGAAGGAGAGUGAGGAGAUGAUGGCGGUCAUUCAGAUUUUUAUUUACCAUACCAGGUCAACCAUUGCCCCACCACAUUCAGUGUCUGGUCUCCAGCCUUGGCCUUUAAUUACUUACCUUCUCCUAGAAAUAUAGUCGGCACUUUCCAAACACGGGAGAAGAUGUAAUCCCUGCCUAAGGAGCAGAGCGUCAAAACCAGAGCAGGUCAAUGAAGAGCAGAUGGGACAUGGUGCACGAGAAGCCACAAAGUGGUUGAUGGGCACGUGGCUGGUUAUGAUCAGCAGUGGGUUUUGUAAAAUGUCCAACAUCCCACGUUCCUUUCCCAGCAGCAUCCUGCUGCAACGUGGCCUCUUUUCUUUUUUGCCAGACUGAUUCUCAGCUUUGGUUCCCGUCUCCUUAGUGUUCCCCCAGCAGUUUGCACUCGAGAGAUAUAAAGGAACCAGUUGCUUCAAAGUUGCUUUAGGUGCCUCCCUCCUGGACACUAAGGUAAGGCUUCGUGUUCUGGAGCCUAGGUGAGACCAGAGAGAUCUCUUCCUUUCUUUACCCCCAUGCAGGCCACUGCGUACACUUCUGCACCUUGCAAUGGCCAUGUUGUCUGCCGUGGUCCUCAAUAGAGAAGUCCAGUAGUGGAGUAUGGCCAGGAGGCCAACUGUGUGUGUGCAUGUGAGACCGCCAGGAUGGAUAAAUCCAAAGCCUUCCCACGGGAACUUUGCAGCCUCAUCCAAACCCAGAUAUUACAUUCCAGACACACGUGCACAUGAUGCUAUCAUUGGCAGCAAAGUCUGAGUAGAAAAAUAAAUGUGAUGUAUGUGAAAGAU